AUAUAAGCAAAGUCUGAAAACCAAAAAGUCAAAGCAAAAGAGUGGGAAUCUAACAUAGAUGUGAAUACUACUCGACUAGUGUCAUGAAAGCUGGCCGUUGACGAGUAAAGUCUUUGAUAAGCGAGCGAAUCUCAAUACUGGAAUAUUCUCCAAAAUCUAAAAUCUCCUCCAACUUUUAUUUUGCUUCUCUUUCGUUCUUGAAUAAAAAAAAAAAAGACGAAACGAAAGUCAUUGGCUCUCUUAGACAUGAGAAGGCAACAACAAUCCGUUGCAGUCUUGGUGACUCUUUGUGUAGUAGUAGUAGUAUUAGCUCUUGGUGGAAGAAUUCAACAAGUGGAAUCUCAUAAAGACCAGCCUUUAUCAGGAAUUGCUAUCCAUGAAACAACGUUCCAUCUCAAUGACAAAGCUCAUGUCAAAGCCUCUCCAACACUUCUUGGAUCCAAUGGUCAACAUAGUGAAUUUGUGUUGGUGGAGUUUACUUCUCCACACCCAUCAGAUGAUGAUUGGAUUGGAGUGUUCUCUCCUGCAGAUUUCAAUGCUUCCACUUGUCCAGGAGAUAACAAAAUGGUGAGCCUACCUAGGCUUUGUUCAGCUCCUAUCAAGUUUCAAUAUGCAAACUUUAGUAAUCCAAGAUACAGCAACACUGGAACCGGUUCCUUGAAUCUUCAACUCAUCAACCAGAGAUCAGAUUUUUCAUUCGCCCUCUUCUCUGGCGGCUUGCUGAAUCCCAAGCUUGUGGCAGUCUCAAACAAAGUAGCCUUUGAGAACCCAAAUGCACCAGUUUACCCUCGCUUAGCGCUAGGCAAAGAAUGGGAUACAAUGACAGUGACAUGGACUAGUGGCUACGGACUCAAGAUAGCUGAACCUGUUGUCGAGUGGGGGGUUAAAGGAGGAGAACGUAAACUCUCACCCGCUGGAACACUGACCUUUGCGCGCAACACCAUGUGUGGUGCACCUGCAAGGACCGUGGGAUGGCGUGAUCCUGGUUACAUACACACAGCUUUUCUCAAAGAGCUGUGGCCUAAUGCCAAGUAUACCUACAGAGUUGGGCAUAGACUGACCAAUGAUGCAUUUGUAUGGAGUAAAGAGUAUCAGUUCAAAUCCACUCCAUUUCCAGGACAAAACUCUCUCCAACAAGUUGUAAUCUUUGGAGACAUGGGAAAGGCUGAGGUUGAUGGCACAAACGAGUAUAAUGACUUCCAACGAGCUUCUCUCAACACCACAAAGCAGCUUAUUAAAGAUCUAAAGAAGACAGAUGCAGUGUUCCACAUUGGAGAUAUCUGUUAUGCUAAUGGAUACCUUUCACAGUGGGAUCAGUUCACAGCUCAGAUUGAGCCUAUUGCUUCCACUGUUCCAUACAUGAUUGCAAGCGGAAACCAUGAGCGUGACUGGCCAGACUCGGGAUCGUUUUACCAGGGUUUAGACUCUGGAGGAGAAUGUGGUGUACCAGCUGAGACAAUGUUCUAUGUUCCUGCUCAAAACAGAGCUAAGUUCUGGUACUCGAGUGACUAUGGAAUGUUUAGGUUCUGUGUUGCUGACACAGAACAUGACUGGAGAGAAGGAACUGAGCAAUACAAGUUUAUCGAGCAGUGCUUAGCCUCAGUAGACAGAAAAACACAGCCGUGGCUGAUAUUCUUAGCUCACCGCGUGCUCGGUUACUCCUCCACGUCUUUCUACGCGGAAGAAGGCUCUUUUGGAGAACCAAUGGGGAGAGAUAGUCUACAGAAGCUAUGGCAAAAGUACAAAGUAGACAUUGCAAUCUAUGGCCAUGCACAUAACUACGAGAGAACAUGCCCGGUUUACCAGAGUGUAUGCACUAGUGAUGAGAAAACCAAUUACAAGGGUACAUUCAAUGGGACGAUCCACAUUGUUGCUGGAGGUGCAGGAGCUGGUCUUGCUGAGUUCUCUGAUCUCCAACCGAACUGGAGUAUUGUCAGAGAUUACGACUAUGGAUUCCUUAAACUAACAGCGGCUAAUUACUCCAAUCUUCUUUUUGAGUACAAGAAGAGCAGUGACGGAACAGUCCAUGAUUCGUUCAAGAUAUCAAGAGAUUAUAGAGACGUCUUGGCUUGUGCUGUUGAUAGUUGCCCUGCAACUACACUUGCUUCAUAAACAAGAGAAUCUUGUAACUCUUUGGUUACAUUUGUUUCCAUUGUUAAACUGUUGUAGUGAUAACACAAAUCAAUUAUAGUUACUGGCAAAAUAAGAAUCAUUUAAUCA